AUGGCUUAUAGAGGUAGUUAAAAUGAAGUUAAUUCGGAUUUGAAUGUAUCUAGGUCAUUCAAUAACAAAAGCUACUUAUAAAGCUCUAAAUUCGAUGAAUCUAUAAUCUCAUAAAAUGACAUAAAGUAGGCUAGAUAGAUUGAAGAAACGUUUGCUUAUAAUGAAGAAGAAGAUAAUUUUGAUCCAAAGAGAUAAUAGUUUAACUUUAGAAUCAACAAUAGAGAAGAUUUAAGUAGAGUUAAUAAACGAAAAGAUACUGAAAUGCAAUCAGUAGACCUAGCUAAUUCUGUUUCAAAUAGAUAAUUAGGCGAAAUUGAAAAAUCGCCUGCAACAAAAAUUAAAAACUAUUUAUUCAUAGAAGAAAGUAUGAAAUAACUAUAAAUUUAGAAUAGUGCUUCUUAAAAAAAUAAGAAAAAAGAAGGCAUAUUGUAAUCUGAAGAAGACGAACAUAUUUUGAACAAAGGAUCAAGCAAUCCAUAAUUAAAUAAUAAAACGACAUAGGAUUUGACUAAUUAGCCUUCAUACAAUGUCGUGCUUCUUGAUGGAGUGCCAUACUUAAAAUAGCAAUCAUCAAAUCAAAGACCUUUGGAACCAGCUAAAAAUGAUUUAGAAAGUUUUUAAAAUAGCAAUAAUAAUCUAAAAAUUGGAAACAGUUUUCGCAAAAAUCUUAACAGCGAUAUUUCAUUAAAUGAAAAAUCCCCUAUUAAUUUUGAGAGUUAAAAUUUCGAUACAUUGAAUAAGAAUAUGAAAGCAAGUAAUAAUAUACUUGUUCCGCCUUAAAAAAUUAACGAAUCUUUUUUGGGUAGUGCUUGUUAAGACACCUUUAGACCUGGAAAUAGCUAAUAAAUCUGCAAUACACAUACAAUAUCUAAAUCAAAAGCAGUCCUUAUGCAAGACCACUCAAAGCCUGGAAAUAAAAAGGAUUUAAAUGCUCUGCUUCAGAACUCAAGGAAAAUAAAACUCAUCUCAAAAAUAAAACAGAAAUUCUGUGCUUACUUAUAAAAUCACACUCUUUAAGGGAGAACUAAAAUAUUAGAUAGCAACAUUAGAAAUAUGAUAAGCGAUGAUUGCGAUUAUGGUUACAAUAGAUAUAAAAAGAAAAAAUAGAUUCAUUCACUAUUCAUAGUAGUUCUAGAGUUUAUAAUCGAGAAACUUAUCUAUUUAACACGGUUGGAAAAAUUGCCUUUAUUUGAUCCAGAAAAUCCAGUAAAGAUUAUUUUUAAUUCUAUCAUUGUAGCAUAUAAUUGCUUUUUCCUUUACUGGAUGAGUAUUGAAGUAUUUUUUGAGGCCCAUGUUGGUGACAUUAAUGAAAUACUUGGUUAUACUGCCUAAGCCUGUUGGAUAACUGAAAUGCUUUUAUAAAUGAACACUUGUCUCUAUCAUGAUAACGAAUAUAUUACCGACAGGAAAGAAAUUAUGGUUAUAUACGUCCAGGAGUAUCUAUUUUUUGAAAUUUUACCACUUAUUUUCGAAGGAAGAAAGUCUGAUAAUAUCGCUGUCGAUAUUCUUUUGCAUCUUCCUCUCCUAUUAAAAUUGAAAGGAAUGACUAUUAUCCUCGAAAAAUUAGAGUUUUAUGUACUUUAGAUAUUAAAAAAUCAUUAUUUUCUCUAGUUGUUUAAAUUAAUUAUGCUGUUAUUUAUUAUCGCUCAUUUUGAAGCUUGCCUUUACAAUGUGCUUGGUGAAAUCGAAAUACAUUUUAUGCACAAAGAAAAGAAUUGGAUUGACAUGAACCCCAUUCGUGAUGGGCAUUGGUGGAAUUCUUAUCUAACAUCACUUUUCUGGGCUUUUAGUGUGAUGAUGAACACCUCAACAUCACCUACUACUGAUGUAGAGAUUAUUUUCACCUGUCUUUGUAUGCUCUUUUCAUGCGUGUUUUUUGGAUACACUCUGAAUAUGAUUGGUAACAUCUUGAUGGAUAUUCAAAGAUAAUAAAAAGAGUAUAAAAAAGAUCUGAAUAUACUAAAUCAAUUUAUGAAAAGAAAAGAUGCCAGCUUGAGCUACAGGAGAAAAGCAAAUAUAAGUCUUUAAGAUUUUUACGCUCACAACAGGGAGAAAAUUUAAGCUGAAAAAGAAAUAUUGGCUAAAUUAAACCCUAAUUUGGUUAAAGAAAUUUUGAUUGCUGCUAACAAGAAUGUAAUUUCGAAUUAUACAUUGUUUACAGAAUAAUUCACUGAGGAGAUUCUCGAUAAAAUAUACAUAAACUUGGAAGAAGAAACCUAUGCCCCAAGAUAAGUUAUCAUAAGUUCUCACAAUGUUAACGAAGAGGAACAAUGUAUUUACUUCAUAGUUAAUGGAAAAGUUUAGAUAUUUGAAGUUAUGGAUAAAAAAGAAAUACAAACAGUUUCGAAAAUAAUGAAUAAAACAAAAGAAAUAGAGAAAUACGCAACUAAACACAGGAUUACAACAUAAAAGAGCAUGGGAGAACUACAUCAUAAUGAAAGGAUGUUCAAAGAAACCAAAGAUAAUUAUGAAAUAAAGACCAAAAAAUUUAAAAAGAUUAUAAAUAUUCUUACUAAAGGAUAAGCCUUUGGCGAAUAUGGAUUUUUUACAGGCAUGGGUAAUGACUACAUGGCCUAGAGCCAAAAUUUUACAACCGUUAUGAAAAUUAAAAGAAGUAAAUUUCUUGAAAUACUACAAGGACAUCCUCAGGAAUAUGAAAGAUAUUGCGAAAUUAGAGAUAAAAUUCUCAAUGAAAGAGAAGAUAACAUGUUCUAUUGUUAUUUAUGUGAUGGUAAUGAUCAUAAAACGAUGGAAUGCAAUAAAGUAUUUUUUGAUAAGUAUUAUUCAAACUUCUUCUUCUAGUAAAAUUACUCGAGACCAUAGUUAAGAGCUAAAGAUUGGAUAAGAAAUGGGUAAUUAAUGAAUAGAAAGAGAUAAAGAUACCAUAAUACUCUUGUAAAAAUGAAAAAUUUAUAGAAUUGUAUUGAUAAAAUAUAAGAAGAUGAUCAUCUUCGUGAUAUUUUAGAAAAAUACUACGAGGAGAUUGAAUAAUUACACUAAUCUGAUUCUGACUUGGAAGAAGAUGAUGAAGAUGAUGAGUAUGGAGAAUUAAACCAUACAGAUUCACUGAGUCUUGAUAAAACUUUUAACAGCUUUGAUAAUCGCAAUGAAGAAAACCAAUCUUAAAUGACAAUUAAAUCAACUAAAUCUGGUGCAAAAAGAAAAUCUAUUUUAAACAAUAAUAAUCUAAGAGAUGAUUCUAUGAAUGAAGAUAAAGUUGAAUCUCUUGUUUAUAAAUAAAUACCUGUAAAUACUUAAAAUUAUAACAAUAAUAAUGCAUAAAUAUAUUUAAAUAAUGAAAUAACUUCAAUAAAUAUUAACUAAAUUAAUAACAAUCUCACAUACAAUGAUGUGCAAGACUCUCCAAUUACCAAGAAAAGACAUCUUUCAGCACUGUAUGCUGAAGAUAAAAACUUUCUUGAUCAAGAUUCUAAAAAUCAAAUGGGCGAAUUUUAUUAAAAUAAUAAUUUGCCAUCACGUUCCAUGUUAAACAACAAUAACAAUAUAAGAAAGCUAUCAGCUGCAAAAAAAAGUACAUUUUUAAGUGAAUCACUAAGUUAUAACACAAAAGAAUUCGAGGAUCAUUUCAAUAGGACUCAGGAUAUGUUAAAUCAAUAAAAUUCCUCAGUAAAUGAUUAACAAAAGGAAAUUUAUGAAAUUUUAAAUGCAACUAAUUCAAAACUAAAAUAUAUAACUGAUAAGUAUCGCAAUCUCUUUAACCAUUAUGUAAAUGCUAAGAGACAGCUAAAAACUAUGAGAGUCGAUAGUCCAAGGAAUAAAACUGUAAAUUAACAAAAGUAUAAUCACUUAUAAACCAUGGCUUUUGAUUUAAAUGAAAGCUAGAUGAUGGUUGAGUCUCAAGAGAAAAACUAAUAGCAACCCUAAUCAUAAUUUACACCAUAAUAACAAGCUAUGAAAUCUAAAUUUUAAGAAGAAGCCUCUUCAAACGCUUUCCCUUUAAGCUAGCAAAACGCUAUCAAUAAAGAAUCUCUUCGCGAUAUUGAUAAAGUCACUUAAAGAUAUCCUCCUCAUAAGGAGACUAUUAUUAUGAAUGCUGCUUCUCUUCAGUAGAAUUUUAUUUGGACUUUUGAUAAGAGUAAAAAUUAUUUUAAAUAUUUCCCUGAAAGUAAUCUAGAAAAGAUGAUUAGAAAAACAAAUAUCUAAAUUCAAAAGAAUUUAAAGAAAAAAAAUAUUAGGAAAAAAGAAACCACUAACCAUCAGAAAAUUAAACAGUUUAAUUCUAUAAAGAGUGAUGGAAAGUAAAAUUCUAGUCUUUUAAAUAGCAAGUAGGCUAAAAUUGAUGAAAGUAAAAAAUCUAAAAAUGAUCAAAACCAUUAAUCGAUAUUCCAAACUCAAAAAUAAAAAGAUAGAAAUAUGCGAGUAAAAGAUACAAGCAAAUGA